AUGAUAUUAUAUUUUUAUGUCAAUGUCUUGAAAUUAUACAUUACAGGUGGAUCUAUAAAUGAAGCAGUAUUUGCUCUUCGAGAUAGGCAAGAGGGGGGCCGAAGAGGGAGAAGAACUACGACUAGUACUACUAGCACAACCACUAUAACCACGGCUGCAACAUCCAUAUCCAUUCCUGACAACGUAGCACAGCCCGCGGCAUUACUAGCUCCCGAUGAUCAGACGUGGUUCGUCGCUUCAACGUCAACACCAUCCAACUUUCCUCUUGUGAUAAAAGACACAUCAAGAUUACCACCAUUAGAAAUUGUCAUAAAACCUCAGGCUAAAGUUGUCCUACCUUGCGAAUUAGGUGGAAACUAUUCUAGAUUAUUACCAUUUGCCAGAAAUUACCGAAUGCGACCAGCAAAAUGGCUACACAAUGAUGUGCCAGUGGACAUGAUAACAAUAGACACUAGAACAGAGAUGAGCGGGACAGGUCACAGGUACAUUGGAGAUUCCUCAACAGCAGCACUUCACAUUGACAGCGCGAGGCUGGAGGAUGAUGGUAUAUGGAAGUGCACUAUUGAGAAUGACCAUGAUGAGCUACUCUUUGGAAGAACAGUCAAGCUCGUCAUACUUGGUAAGUUAUAA